UAUUUAUUUUGUGCACUUAACCUCAAAAGCACGAAAGGCACUUUGAGUUCGUUUUCUUUUGUGUUUGCAAUUGCUUUCGUAUAUUUUUCAUUUGUUUGUAAUUUCAUUAGUUAAAUGAUUAGUUAAUUGCUAUAAGCUAUGGAUCAACUGUAUGUGGAGAUUGAAAUAAGCACGCAAAAUGCAAAAAGUGAGACAACAAUUUACACCAGCGUGCCUUCGUUUCUUGCGCUCUACACAUAUCGCUACCUAAAAGAGCCGCCCAACGUCAAAAUCAACUUUGUGGCCACCAAAAUCACUACAGGCAAAAUAGCUUUACGCAGCUCCCAGCUGCGACGUGAACUGACCGAGGAACAUAUUACUUGCCGAGAGGCAGCAACAUUGCCCGCAUUAAAGGAUCUCCGGCUGCCCAUCUAUGAGAAGAAUGGAAAUAUCUUCAUAGCAGGCACUUGUGCCGUGUGCAGGGAGCUGAUUGCACGACAGCCCAGCGUACAAUUGCGUCAGCUAUUGGGCUUCAAGGGUAGCUGUCUCUUGGCGCCUGCUGAAGCUUCCAUCUGGACACGUUAUUGUGAAGUGGAUGUGGUUAAUCUGGUCAGUCAGCUGCAGCGGGGUGAACUGCCUUUGCGCGAAGUCCCACUCGAAGUGGUGCGUUUUGAGCAGCACAUGAAUCAACCGGUGCGCAUGCACAACAUCUAUAAACUAGCCAGGGAACAGGCAAAUCAGAGUGCUAACAAUGGUUUGCCGGUGAAGCGCAAGGAACGCAUACAAAUCGAAUGCACCACGCCGAAGGAGCAACUGCUAAUUGAGCAUCGAUUUGCCGAGGGCAUUAGCUUCACCAUUGCCGAUCUCAUUCUAUAUCCACUGCUGCGUCUAGUCUUCCAGCACUGCGCUCAAAUGCUGCCGCAUUUUCCACUCACCAGCACUUGGUUUAGUGAGAUCGAUGCCUUCGACAGGAACUGUGCACGAAUACUGCAUGAGCUGUAUGUGCCCAUCUUGGUGGCGCCUGCGGAGAAUACACAGCUGCUUAGCAUACCCGACUGUGAGGAAGCCAGUCUCUAUAAAGCCGAUCCGAAGCGUUAUCGCCCAAGGAAUCGUAUUUACACUAGUCAAGCGGAAGUUGAAGCCGCCCUGGACAAACUGCAGCAAUUGGAGCUGCAAUUUAGCGCCGAUUGCGAACAAAGUUAUGGCGAGCAAACCAUCGACUGGCGUAGCAUUGAGCCAACGCAUGCCAAGAGCUCAGCGCUGCCGGAGGAACGGCUAGAACGCAAGCGACAGCAACUAGAGAAUAUGGCCAAUGCUGUAGUCUCGCUUGCACAGCCAGGAGAUCGCAUUGUGGACUUUUGCAGUGGCACUGGACACUUGGCCAUUUUGUUGGCGUUAAAGCUGCCCAAGUGUCUGGUUAUUGUGCUGGAGAAUAAGGCAUUUUCCUUGGCGCAUGCACAGAAACGAGCCGCCGAGUUGCAGCUGAGUAAUUGCGUGUUUUAUCAGUGCAAUAUUGACUACUUUAUGGGCAGCUUUGACAUUGGUGCUUCGUUGCACGCAUGUGGAACUGCCACUGACAUUGUACUGCAGCAGUGUCGUCGUGUAAAUGCACGUUUUGUCUGCUGUCCCUGCUGCUAUGGGUCGUUGCAACCCAUGCCACACAUCUCGUAUCCGUUGAGUGAACGCUUUCGCAAAGUGCUCGAUACAAAGGAUUAUUUGUAUAUUGCUCACACAGCGGAUCAGGCGCAUGAGCUGGGCACCACGAAUUGCAAGCCGGAGACAACUUUGCAGGGUCUGCAUUGCAUGUGUGUGGUGGACACGGAUCGAAAGCUGCAAGCGGAGGAGGCAGGUUACAAGGUGAUCUUGACCCGCCUUAAGCCUGAGCAAUGUACUCCAAAGAAUCAUUUGCUUGUAGGACGCAUUUAAUGGAGAGAGAUAUUGAGAGAAACAUCGUCAAAAUAUAUGUAUUUUUUCGUA